GUGCGGAGCCCGAUUGUCACUCUGCUCCCGCGCCGCGCCGGGGGCGACGGAGGCGCCGGUGCCCGAGUCGUGUCCCAGCCAGCUACCCUCCCCCUGGACCUAACAGGCGGACCUUGGCUUCUCCAGGCAUCCCCGGAGCCAGCGGCUGCUGAACGCGUCGAGGUGUGGGGGCACUGGGACAGAACAGCUCAGGUGGCUGGGAGCUCUGCCAGCUUUGGUGACCUUGGGCCGGGCUGGGCGCGCUGCGGCGGGAGCCUGGGGGACUAGGAGCUGCCGCCUGGUGCCCAGAGCCCAGCCCAGCCCGGCGGACGCGGCCGGGGCUCUGGGCGGCACCAGGUCCCGGGAAGUUUGGGCACUGGCUCUAGGACCCCCUGCCGGCCAGCGGGCGGGAUGGUGCCUGCGGCGUGCCCCUUGGCACCUCUCCGCUGAUGUGCCCAGCCUGUGCCCGCCAUGCCGCCCUCCAUCUCGGCCUUCCAGGCCGCCUACAUCAGCAUCGAGGUGCUCAUUGCCCUGGUCUCCGUGCCUGGGAACGUGCUGGUGAUCUGGGCGGUGAAGGUGAACCAGGCACUGCGGGAUGCCACCUUCUGCUUCAUCGUGUCACUGGCGGUGGCUGAUGUGGCAGUGGGUGCCCUAGUCAUCCCACUUGCCAUCCUCAUCAACGUUGGGCCGCAGACCUACUUCCACACCUGCCUCAUGGUCGCCUGCCCAGUCCUCAUCCUCACCCAGAGCUCCAUCCUGGCCCUGCUGGCCAUUGCCGUGGACCGCUACCUCCGUGUCAAGAUCCCUCUCCGGUACAAGACGGUGGUGACCCCGCGGAGGGCGGCGGUGGCCAUCGCCGGCUGCUGGAUCCUCUCCUUCGUGGUGGGCCUCACACCCAUGUUCGGCUGGAACAAUCUGAGCGAGGUGCAGCGGGCCUGGGCGGCCAACGGCAGCGUGGGCGAGCCCGAGAUCAAGUGCGAGUUUGAGAAGGUCAUCAGCAUGGAGUACAUGGUCUACUUCAACUUCUUCGUCUGGGUGCUGCCGCCGCUGCUCCUCAUGGUCCUCAUCUACCUGGAAGUCUUCUACCUGAUCCGCAAGCAGCUCAGCAAGAAGGUGUCGGCCUCGUCCGGCGACCCGCAGAAGUACUAUGGGAAGGAGCUGAAGAUCGCCAAGUCGCUGGCCCUCAUCCUCUUCCUCUUCGCCCUCAGCUGGCUGCCCCUGCACAUCCUGAACUGCAUCACCCUCUUCUGCCCUUCCUGCCGCAAGCCCAGCAUCCUCGUCUACAUCGCCAUCUUCCUCACGCACGGCAACUCCGCCAUGAACCCCAUCGUCUACGCCUUCCGCAUCCAGAAGUUCCGGGUCACCUUCCUCAAGAUUUGGAACGACCACUUCCGCUGCCAGCCCGCACCCCCGGUUGACGAGGAUCUCCCGGAAGAGAGGCCCGAUGACUAGACUCUGCCCUGUGCUCUCACCAGCCACACCUGGCGGGCCCAGCCCAGGCCUCACCUGCCUGCCGUCCCGCUGGUGUCGCCGAGCCCGCGCGGCUGGGCUGUGGGCCGUGGGAGGCUCUGGAGAGAUAGGCGCCCAUGGGGCGGGGGCCUCUGCAGGAGGAGCUAAGUUCCCUGCACCUGUGGGUCCUGCAGGGGCGUAGGCGGGCAGCGUGGGGAAGGAAGUGGGCACCCUGCGGUGAGAAAAAGUGUCUUGAGCCCCCACCUGCCCGGCCAUCCCAUGGGCAGUCCAGAGCUGGCUGGGCAGGUCCCGGGGAGGCCGAGACUGGGAGAUGGUGCUUGGGCUCCCGCAGCAGAGCAGGGAGCCUGCUUGUCUUAGGUGUGGCUGGUGCUGCCCUGGGACCAAGCUGAGGGAGAGGAGAGGAUCCCCGCUCCCCGAGAUGGAGGGAAGGAGGGAAGCGGGGCAUGUCUUGG